CUCUAACAUCGCCGACCGCCAACUAACGGCCAAGUGUCGGAGGUGAGGGGAAAAAAUUGGGAUUGGAAACGGCCAAACUAUUUUGGAACCGUCACAAUUUGAGUUGGUGCUCUCAAGAGUGGAGACUUUCACUCGGAGGGACCUAGGGACUUGCCAGCUCUUUCUUGAUUCCCGUACACGUGAGAAUUUGAAUCCAAACCAAAUAUAUUGUGCGAAUUGGUGGAGGUGAGCUUUGAGUUAUGAGGAUCCGGGAAUCCCUCGAGUCAGCUGUUGCCGCGAGAGCCGGUUCAAAGUGAAUUCAGUGAGUGAAAGAGAGCAUCCUUCCCCGCCUCCCUUCAGUCAAGAUCAGCCAACACCUCUGUUGGCCAAAUAAGGACUCGCACGUGGACCAUCAGGCCUAGAGUGUGCACCAUGGCUAAGAUAGCCUCUGUGGACAAGCAAUCGCUUCUCCAAUACUUUGUGAUCCUGAUCCUUCUUCGAGAUGCAUGGUGUAUGUUUGGCAAUAAGCUCUACCGACAAAAAGAGGUGAACUAUCGACAGGAGGAGAAGAAAAUCUUGGACUCGGUCCUCGGGGUGGAUGUGUACGAUAAAAGAAUCCGGCCAAGUGGACUCAACAGCACCGAAUCCGCCACCCUGGUGGACGUCAAUAUUUUCAUUCGAAGCUUCUCGAACAUCGACGACGUCAAGAUGGAAUACAGCUUCCAAAUCACACUCCGACAGCAAUGGAACGAUGGAAGACUCCAGUUCAAGAACCGGCUCCGGGGAAUGGAAGAUAAAAUCCGCUACUUGACCAUGACCGACGCCGCGAAGGUGUGGAUGCCGGACACGUUCUUUCGGAACGAGAAAAUCGGGCGCUUCCACAACAUCCUCCAAUCCAAUUUAUACGUGCGAGUGUUUCCCAAUGGAGAUGUGCUCUACUCGAUCCGCGUCUCGCUGACUUGCGCCUGUUCCAUGCACUUGGCACUCUUCCCUUUGGACAAGCAAACAUGCAAUUUGGAUGUGGCAAGCUAUGGAUGGACUAUGAACGACUUGAUCUACAGAUGGAAAGAGACAAAUCCCGUGCAAAUGGUGGCCAAUUUGUCUCUGCCUGGAGGAUUCAAAUUGGAUGGCUUCGGGAACCAGAACUGUGAUGUCAAAACAGCUACAGGUGCUUACAGCUGUCUUCGCGUGGAACUGACCUUCGCUCGUCAACUCUCGUUCUUCAUCGUGACCAUUUACGUUCCCUGUUUUAUGAUUGUGGUUGUCUCCUGGUUCUCGUUUUGGAUCGAUCACAAGGCGGUGCCGGCCAGGGUGUCAUUGGGCGUGACCACGCUCUUGGCCAUGUCCACCACUCAAGCCUCGAUCAACAGUUCCUUGCCACCCGUCGCCUACACCAAAGCCAUUGACGUAUGGAGCGGCGUGUGCGUGACCUUUGUGUUUGGCGCUCUUUUGGAAUACGCGCUAGUCAACUACGCAUCACGGUCUGAUGCACAACGCUUGGCCAAACAGAAAGAAGCCAAGGAACGGGAAUUGGAACACGCAGCAUUUAGUGCCGACAGAAUCGAGGAAGGUGGAUUCCCAAUGUCCAUGGACCCCUUGAUGCGGCGAAUCGAAGGAGCCCCCAUGGUUCCUCCAGGCGCUCUCCUCCAGCCUGAAAUCCCCGUUCAUCGUCGCCACAACCGCUUCUUCGACUACUUCCGCAACAUUCAAUUCAGGGCCAAGAUGAUCGACGUCAUCUCCCGAGUUCUGUUCCCAGUCACCUUCAUGUUCUUCAACGUGAUCUACUGGUCCUACUAUCUCACCCAAGAGAGCGAGACCAGCAAGGUCAAGUAGAGAGACUCGCUCUUACUACCUUGGUCUGCCAAACACGAAGGCAUCCAUUGAGGUUAACGAAUUUGGAAAAUUGUGAUAAAUGGCUUAUUGCAUCUCACUUCUGGGCUGACUCGAGUAUUACUUCUAUGUUGAACCUGCUCAAAAAUGUCACGUUUCUUCUUACAUUCAAAAUUGUUCAUUUGUAGCUUUAUAUGAUGAAUGAGAAGAUUGCCAAAACAACGUACCAGUAUAAACACAUCCCUGGAAGUCAUCGCGAUCCAUUUGGUGCUCUAAAGAACUCAAUAAGCGAUAGUAUUAACGAAAAGAACGCGAGAUUUUGCCAUGAACGUGAAAGAAGAUGAAUUGAGACAGAAAUUGUCAUCUUGAAUUUAUACUCCUUGUGAAAGAAGUGGCACUAAUGUUCUCCGACUAUUGUGAUAAAAGACGAUAGAAAAAAACGGAGACAACGCACUCUCUUUUCACAUGUAUUAUGAAGCGAUGGUGUUUCCUCCUUUUUCCUGCAGCAAUUGAUCAACUAUAGUUGAUGUACAUUGGCAUCACUACUUUUAAAUCGGUUGGAACCAUUCAAAUUCGACAGUGGACAACAAUGGACAACCAAUCAAUAUCUAGAUGUUGACAUGAAUUAUGUACGGAGUAAAGAGAAAGAAAAAAAGCGAUACAAAAAUUGUUGCAUCUUGAAACCAAGAUACCUGUUCGAGUCAUGUUUCUUAUAUAAAAAAUAUUAGAAAGUGAAAUAAAUCUGAAUGUCGUGGAAACGUUUUUCUAUUUAUAGAGCUAGUUCUACUUACUAAGUGAAUAGAUCAAUUAGAUACUA